AUGGGCCAAACUGCUUCCCAAGUCGUUGCCCCGACGCAGGCAAGUCAGGCUGUACUGUCACCGACUGCUGCUAAGAGAGCUGCUGUCAAGCGACGACAUGAGCAAUCCAACAUGGACAGCAACAAUGUCGCGUCGAAGCGACCCAGCAAGAAGCGGCGCAAGUCUGCUGAGGAGCAUCCCGAGGAAGUGCAGGGUGCUGGUAUGCAGAGACAGCACGUAGAAGCAAAGAGUGACGCGGUCGACGGCGGAGAUCAGGACGCGAAGCCGCGCAAGAAGAAGAAGCGCAAGACAGCACAAAAUGCGGAUGCAGCCCCCGCGACCGUUACAAUGGAAACUCAUGGAUCUCGCAGUGCUGCAGCAGCUGAUGACGCUGAGGAUGUUGCCAUCCGCUCGAAGGAAGAGAAGAGGCAGAGACGGCGUGCAAACAAAGCACGGAACGCAAGAGAGGCCGCUGAGGCUACGGAGGCACCUACGAAUGAGGAUGCUGUAGGGAACGAAGCUGCAAGGGAAACCGUUGUCGAUAUGGAAGAUAUGGAGGUGACUCAACUUCCCACCGAAACGACGCCGAUCAAGCAAGAGCGUCCCAAAUCGCCGAAUGGAAUCGAGUGGGGGAGACAAGAGGUUCGACAGAUGCUGAAGCGCAAACAAAUGGAGGAGCUUGUUCUGAGCGGGCGAGCUAGAUGGCACAAACUGCCCAACGACAAGUGGAGCAUCAGAUACUACCAGCCUGGUGAAGCUCCAGCUCCCGCAGAGCUCAGUCCAGAGCAGAAGAGAAGGCACGCCUCUAUUAAGCAGGAGAUCGCAACGUACGAGCAUACUUUGCAAGCUUCCGGAGAGCAGGAGCGAAAGAGACGGAGAGAUGCGGAGAAAGAGAACACGGCGCCUGUCGAGUCAGAUGCAGUCGCCGGGGCUGUCAAUGACGAAGUCGAGGUUCACACAGCCAUGGACGUGAGCCCGGUUGGCAAGCCAAAAUCGAGGCGGAAGAAGAGGCGGCGAUCCGGAACUAGCGAGGCGCCUGUCGCGGGCGCCGUGAGCUCGCAACCUGAACAUUCGCCGGAGGAGCUUCUCCUAGCACCAGGCGCUUCUGACGAGCAGCAUAAGGAGAGUGCAAGCCAUACAACCUCGAGGAAACGAAAAUCACGGCGAUCUGCAGACCAGGAUGCAGCUGAUGGUGCAGAAAUCAGCAGAGACACAGGGGAAUCUUCUCAUGCAGCGAGGCCAAUGACUUCGAAUAAGAAAGAGCACCGUCUGCGCACGAAGAGCAAACGAGUAGCAGAAGCACAGAUCGCUUCUGAUAUACCACAGCACUCUGACCAGACGUCACAUGUUCAAGAUUCUGCUGAGCCUGCAGGCCAGGGUAGUCCAGAACAACCAGCAGAGCCGGAUGAUGCUCCAGCAGUCCUUUCCCCUGGGGCUGACAAUAAGUAUGCUUCUACCUCAUCCCGCAAGUCGGCCAGCGCUGAGCGUGUCGAAACGUGGCUCGACAGUCACGACAAAGCUGCACCAGCGGAUCUGCACGUUGCUGGAAACGGCGACGAAGGCGAGCGGGAAAGCGCGGUCGAGCUGCCAAAGCCUAGGAAGAGGCGGAAGAGAUCUUCCAACGCUGUUGAUGAACAGGCCGCGUACAAGCCACAACCCGAUCCAGAAUCACACAACGAACACGAAGCCAACGGUGAGCCAGUGCAGGAGGUCAGAAAACCUAAGAGGACGAAGACAAGACGUGUGUCUACGGAGAAGUACCUAGGACAAUCGCUAGCCGGAUCUCUGCAGCUUGCAGUUCCAGAGACGACCACGGGUACCUUUACCGCUCAGGAGCAGGAGAUCAGUGACCGAAUCUUCGAUGAAGUGCUUCAGAGGAACAAUCAUAGCGAAGCAGAGCUCAAAGCGAUGAUCAAGGAUUGGCGAAACGCUGGCAUCUUCAAGAUGGAGAUUGAGGCAGCCCUACCCAACAGGAAGAAGGAUCAAGUUCGCAAAUUCUGUCAACGCAGAUACCAUGCUCACGAACGUGGUCCGUGGACUUCAGAACAAGAUCAAGCGCUCAUGGAGGCACAUGCUAAAUACCCCGGCAAAUGGUCACAGAUCGCUGAUCUUGUUGACCGCUUUUCAACGGAUUGUAAAGACCGAUGGACGAACCACCUACAGCCUGGAGACAACAGGGAACUCGGGCCAUGGAACCAAGCUGAAGAGGACGCUCUCGUCAACGCCGUGGAAGAAUGCAUUACCAAGAUCAAAAAGUCUCGCCGCAAAGAUAAAACGCUCAGCAACAAGCGCGAAGAUCUUGAGGCGCUAGUGGACUGGAACACCGUGGCAGAAAUGCUCGGUGGCAAGCGAGUAGCGGGGCGAUGUCGCGAGAAGUAUCAGAAGCUCAUGGCGCGACUUACAAAGACUGGAAGCUUGAGUCAAGAGUUGCCUGCUUCUCAAUUGCAAGACGAACUCAACGAUGCAGCGCCGAAGAGCGCUUCCAAUAAGUCAAGGAGCAAAAUCGCCGCGAACACACUCAAGAGCUUCGAGAUUGGCGAUUACUACGAUGCGUUCGUGGAGGUGCACACAGCCGUCAAGGACCACACCGCACAGUACCAUGAUGAGCAGAUGCUGUUGUGGUCGAUCGUUGCCCAAAAUCAUCCUGCAAGUCGAUUCAAUGUCUCUUACUUGGGUGCAUCCCUGCGAAGAGUGGCAAUAGAGAAGGCUCUCAAUGACUGGGAGAUUGACUCGAAGAAGACCAGGCGUAAGCUGGACGAAGCGCCAAGCAUUCCUGCAAGUGCGCUGCUGCUGGCCAAGUGGGUCGAGAAGCGCUCUGGACAUAAGAUGGAUACUUUGCCUCGCAAGUAUAUGCCAGAGCUAAUUGGAAAGACCAAGGAAGAGAUCCGACAGUUCAAGAAGCAGCAGCAAGAGCGACGUCGGGCAAAGAAACUAAAAGCGAACGAGAAGAAGUCCAAAGACUAUGUGGCGUCCUCGGAUGAAAAUGAAGAGGCUCCUCUCGCGACAAAGGCUACUAGGGAGCAAAGAGCAGCGAGAAGAAGUGUGGUACUGAGCGAUGACGGCAAGGCAAGCGAUGCUGCGUCUGAUGUCGGUAUACCAGAUGCGGAGGCCGAGGAAGAGACGGCCUCUCGAAAGCGUGACGAAGAUGAUAGCAAUGAAGACGAGGAUGGAGAACAGCCUGAGGUCGACGAAAGUGACCAAGAUGAAGGUCAAUCGCCCAAAGCUGCGCAUGAAGUCUCAGAUACUGAGCUCGACUCCACCCAUGAGAAAGUCUUCGCAGCCAGCCAAGCAGCACGACCAACGCAGGGCACUCAGGAAGUCCUCGAGACUCAGCCUGAAGCUGCACUUACGGAUGAUGGCGAAGCGUCCAAAAGUCUGGCUGCUCGAGCUUUCCGAUCACCUGACAAUGACAUGGUCGUGAGCUCUGUCAACAGCCGCGUGUCGAACUCGCCAAGCUUGAGCCCAGCGGACUUCUUGCAGAGAUGUCGUGAUGCUGGUCGCAGCCAGCAUGGGGAGUAUACCAGCAAGAAUCGUAAAACUUAUGGCAGGCAGAGUGGUGGGCGGCAGAGGUGA